UUGCGCAUCUUUUUUGUUCUCACACUUUUGCUCCAUCUUGCUUUCUCUGGGCGUGGCGUUUGUAGAAUUAGUAUUAAUUAAUGCUAAUGCUAAUGCUAACUUACCACCCCUAGUUCUAACUAAUUAGCAGUUGGUUUGCUAACUGAAUAAAUUCAAUAGAAAUGGGUGAACCCAUUUGUGAAGUCCCUAUUAAGUCUUUUAUAGUUAAUUAUCUACUUGUAUUUCUUUAUUGUAGUGACUAUCGUAACCUUCUUAUGAGUCACUAUCUGUACCGUUUAUUAUGAUUAGAGAAUAAUAUGUUUACACACUUUCAUAAUUAUUCCUCUUAGUAUAACUUCCCUCCUCUCGUCCCGCUUCUCCUUUGAAUUUGUAUAAAAGCAUGUGUUAUAUGCCCGAAUAGUUAGUUUUAUAUUAUCAAGCUAAAUCUAAAAUAAACAAUAGCAUGGUAGCAAUUCGUUACACAAUUAAUAUUUAUAUCUUGACCACAAGCAAUUCUGUUUCAUAUCGCGUUUCUAUCAAUAGAUAUUUAGGAUCUGCAAUGAAAUACGAGAUGAUCUUGUUUGAGUUCUCAAUAACGAAAUCAUUGAGACCGCAAUGAAUAUAUGUAUUUAUCGCGUUUAUAACUAGAUCAGAAGUUUCGUUUUGAGUUCUUGUUGAAUAUCCUAAUAGAAAAUAUGCAGGACUAUCUUUCUUAAACCGUUUUAAUUAAAAUGGUUUUUUGCUCGUACGAAACGAAUUAUGAAUAAAACCUAUUUAGCAAGUUUUUUCAACUAUAUUUUCGGAUUUUGCUAUUUUUCGAACCGGCUGAUUUCUGUUCUGCAUAGUUAUCGUUCAAAAUGAUGAAGUCAAAGAAGAAAUUGUAAACGAUGAUCAAGGUAUACCACUGAUAGCACGUUGUGCAUAUGAUAGAAAUUUUGAUUUUGACACCAUUCGACGUCCAGCAUGGAAUAUUCUUGAUCAUCUAUUGUUUGUCGGAGAUAAUGCUACUGAACAAAUUUAUGAAAUCGAUUAUUUAAUGGAUGAUAUUCAUAUUCUAUCAUCUUCAAACGAUACCGAUUUGAGUUCAACAACUAAACGUAUGCAAUUUAAAAUUGAACAAGAAGCAAGUUGUAUUAUUAAGCAAAAUCGUGAAGAAGACGAGAAAAAUCUUCAUGAUUCACCGAUUAAAGUAUUUAAUGAAAAAAAAGCUAUUUAUCAGUAUGUCCGUGGAGAUUAUCGAUUUAAUCUAUCUGGUCUAGGAUCACGUGAACCAUUUGAUUUAAUGAUUAGUUAUUGUCCUUUUGACAAAGGACUUUGUUCUACAAUUUAUAGUAAAUUGAAAGAAUCUAAAUCGUAUCGUAUAUCAUUCGAUGAAGAAAAUAAUCAUGAGUCAAACCCGAUAGCAAUGGCUGAUAUUGUUGGACGAUCAUCGAUUAUACUCUUUUGUUUUUCAAAUAAAUAUCGACAGUCAAAUGCAAGUCGAUUGGAAGCUGAAUUUGCUAAAAAACGAAAACGAAAAAUUAUUCCAAUCCGAGUGGAACGUUACUAUGAACCAACUGGAUGGUUAUUAAACAUUAUUGGCGAUCGAGAGUGUGUCGAUUUUACACAAGGCAAUUUUAUAUAUACGUACAAUAGACUGAUUGAACGUAUUGAUAUCGUCAUCGACGAUGAUUAA